CGGCAACCUAUCGGAAAGAGCAAAUGUUAAUUGAAAUAAAAGAAAGAAGAAGUUGUAAAGGCCCGUGGAUCGGAUACGAGGGCCGGUACGGAUCUUUGGCUUGGUUCUAUAAAACUCGAUGAAGCGUCAUAAAUCGCGCGGCAUGGUCGAGUGGGAGCGAAGCUUGCUGCGUGUGACUCAUCUAUUUGAUAUUGCGCCUUAUGCGAAAGGACGAAAUCACACCGACAAUAAUUGAGACACACGCGAUGCAGCGAGAAAAUAUUUCGAAGUCGAACGAAAAUCAUUUAUUUUCUAUCCAUUGUCUAAUGGCCGCGGUGAUUGUUGUUGUCUCCGUUGAAUCGAGAUGACGUCUUCUCGGCGAUGAACGUUAAUCGGUUUCCCGUGAAAAUCAGACUUGGCUCGGCCGACAAGGUCAGACCUGAUUGAGUCAACGUGCCCCAUGUCGUACGAUAUAAAUUAUUCUUCCCCGCGACUCUCGCUUAAUUCGCGCGGUGCCUUCCAAGCGACGUAUCCGACGGAGCGCGAUUUUAAAUCUGAAACCUGGCGAAAAGUGAUCGUCGGGAUUAGAUUUUCUCUUUCUGUUGACUUUCUUUCGAAUCAUCGCGGCGAAGAUGUCGUCGAGCCUCUUCCACCGUUAUUGAUAUCGACGAUGGAUGCCAUGGCGACCGAUCUUUGCGCGAACGGAACUUUGAAAACGACAUCAGGCAGCGUCGUAGAUAACAUUAUGAGGCAACGCAAAUCCGGUGCAUUGGAUGCCACGGCGCCGAUAUCGUCGGAGAAGGAGCAGCUAAAGUUUCAAGAUAACAGAUUCCUCACGACUUUGGUACUCGGUAGGAGUAGAAAGAUCUCACCGGACGUAUUGCCAUCCUGCCCUUCUGGAAUAUUUCGACAAAGAUCCCUUCGUUCGACGACUCCUACUAAGUUAUCAACGUCGACGGCGACGAAAAGUGACGGAGAUCGUGAAGAAGCGUCGCAGGCAACGCCAAACGAUCGACAAAACUCUACGCGAGUCUUUUCGACCGUUUUAUCGAGCGUUCUUUCGAGUGGUAGUAUACGGGAGAAAAGCAACGUUCUAAACAACAACAAUCAGAACAACAACAAUAACAACAACAACAACCACAACAACAACAACAACAACAAGAAAAACGGUAAUAGUAAGAAGAGCAGUGUGGUCGGUGGUGGAGGCGGCAGCGGUGGCCUCAGAGGUCAGGCGGCGCGUGCCAUACGAGCCGGCGGUGGUGGCGAGAGCGGAGGUGAGAGCGGAGGCGGCGCCUCGUUACUCGCAAGGGGCGCCAGAGCUGCCAGUAAGCACGCGCGCCUUGGCACGGCACUGGCUAACAAAAUGGCGUCUGCGAGCUCAACCGCGGUCGUGCAAGGCUGGCCAAACACCAAGGACGACUACGAGCUUAAAGAGGUUAUCGGUGUUGGAGCCACUGCAGUAGUACACGCAGCAUUUUGUAUUCCACGCCAAGAAAAAUGUGCUAUAAAGAGAAUAAAUUUAGAAAAAUGGAAUACCAGUAUGGACGAGUUAUUGAAAGAGAUACAAGCAAUGUCUUCUUGCAAUCACGAAAAUGUUGUAACUUAUUAUACAUCGUUUGUCGUAAAAGAAGAACUUUGGCUUGUUCUAAGACUACUAGAGGGUGGAUCUUUGUUAGAUAUAAUCAAACAUAAAACUAGAACCACCAACUGCAAACAUGGAGUAUUCGACGAAGCUACGAUAGCUACCGUACUUCGAGAAGUCCUGAAAGGUCUUGAAUAUUUUCACAGCAAUGGUCAAAUCCACAGGGACAUAAAAGCGGGUAAUAUCCUACUAGGAGAAGAUGGUACUGUACAGAUCGCUGAUUUUGGUGUCAGUGCUUGGCUCGCUACAGGAAGAGAUCUAAGCAGACAAAAAGUUAGGCAUACUUUUGUUGGAACGCCAUGUUGGAUGGCACCUGAGGUCAUGGAGCAGGUGAGAGAGGACCAUGGCUAUGAUUUUAAAGCAGACAUUUGGUCGCUCGGUAUCACUGCUAUCGAAAUGGCAAGCGGUACCGCUCCUUACCACAAGUAUCCACCGAUGAAGGUAUUGAUGCUCACUUUACAAAACGAUCCACCUACCUUAGACACAGCGGCGGAUGAUAAAGAUCAGUAUAAAGCUUAUGGUAAAACAUUCCGUAAAAUGAUCGUCGAUUGUUUACAAAAGGAUCCAACUAAGAGACCAACUGCUACAGAACUUUUGAAACAUCCCUUUUUCAAAAAGGCUAAAGAUAAGAAAUAUUUGCAACAAACGUUAGUUGCUAUAGGACCGAGUCUUGAGACUAGAGUACAGAAGGCAUCGAAGAGGCAGCCGGGUACAUCGGGUCGUUUACACAGAACGGUAACAGGGGAAUGGGUUUGGUCUUCGGAAGAGGAAGAUAGUGCGUCUAGCGGUGAAGAGGGCAAAGAAGCAUUACCAGUUAAUACAAUAGAGAAUGCGAGUAGCGAAGAAGACCUUGAACAAGACGAAUUUUACUCUCAAGUCAAAUCGACGCAAAGUCACCCUGUUAUACAAUCUGCCGAACAAAAUGUUCCUAUAAAUCUGGUGUUACGACUACGUAAUCAGAAACGUGAACUAAACGACAUCAGAUUCGAAUUUGCCGUGGGAAUUGAUUCUGCCGAGGGCAUUGCUGCCGAAUUGGUUGGCGCAGGAUUAGUCGACGGAAAAGACAUUGUGGUUAUAGCAGCGAAUUUACAAAAAUUAAUAGACAGUGCCGGACAAUUACGGACUGUUACAUUUUCAUUGAACUCUGGUCAUGCAGCCAACGAAGUACCAGAUGAUAAAGCAUUAAUAGGAUUUGCUCAGAUCUCCAUCACGGAUUAAACAAUUUCGUAGUAUUCUGAAAUCUCAGAAUAAUACUCUUACGUGAUGUAUAUAUAUAUAUAUAUAUAUAUAUAUAUACAUAUAUAUAUACAUAUACAUAUAUAUAAUGCAAAAGGAUCAAAGGCUAUGGCUAUACCGUUUGAUCAUUAUAGAAAAAUAUUGUACAGUAUAUGAACCAUCGGCAAAUUUGUUUCACGCGUAUGGCUCUAGCUUUUGGUAUUUUUGCAAUGACUCUUUUCAGUUGCUAUGAUUUUUCAGGUAAUUUGAUCACACAGGAGAUAGAACCUACAAGAUCCUAAAAAUAAUAUAUCCGGUGACAAAGAACCUUUGAAAAAAAUCUUUACGUCCAUCUUAUGUUCGCGUAACGCAAUAAGACGCAACCCACACAAUUAUUAUUCUCAAAGGCUUGCAAAUUAGACAUAUUGUAAUCUCUAAGAGUUAAAACUUCACGUUAUUAAUCUAUAAUGAUUCAUAUUACUUUAAUUUAUGUAAAUAUUAGCGAUCCAGUCUGUUCGUUAAGUUGUUUCUCUUCUUAGUUGUUGGCUGUAAAUUUGAAAGAAUUUGCACACAUCGAAAGAGCAUAGCACUUGAAAUAAUGACAGAAAGAACACAUUGGAUGAAAUCAGUUAAGGUGCUUGAAUAUCUUGUUUCUUUAUUUCAUAUAACUUUUUUCCUUUAUUCAACAAAGGAUAUAUAAGGUGCACUAUAAUAUAGUGUCAUUAAAGUCAUUAAGUCCUGUACAAAAUAUCAAUUAUUACGUUUUAAUUAUCAUAUUUGAUGAAGAAUCAAUGAAAUGUUACACAAAGAUUCAAAAGUACUAGAACACAUUUUGUACUUAAUUAAAUAGAAUUACAAUAAUGUAUUCAUAUUCUUAAAGAUUUUAGAUAGAACUGAUUUAAGACUUUUAUUUCUUGAGUCGUUUUUACAAAAGCGAUAUGUGUGUAUAUAUAUAUAUAUAUAUAUAUAUACACACACGUUAUAUAUACGCAUACGUAUAUAUACAUAUAUGCGCAUCUAUACGUGAGCCUGCCACAAAAUAUAUGAAAUCGGAGUUAUAUGUUAUUUAUGAUUAAAAUUAUUCUGAAUGUAUUAUGGAAUUUUUGUAACAUAAGUUUUAAUAUAGCCAGGCUUGUAUAUAGUAAAGAAGAGAAAUAUGUAAUUAUCAGAUUUUGUUUAUUAUUUCAAGGUUUCUUUUUCACUAUGAAAUGUGAACGAAAAAUUGGAAAUAUUUUAGCUUCCACACACGCAAGGCAUAAUAUCAUGUUUGCGAUAAUUAUUACCUAAAUUAUUUUAUUUCUAUUCUAUAUAUAUAUAUAUAUAUAUAUAUAUAUAUAUAGAAAUCAUUUUACCAAUUCUGAAGUCACGAAUGUAAUACUCUAUUCAUUAAACGGCAGAUGUAUCUUGUAUGCUUAAUAAUUACUAUAGAACAUACGGAAGAAGAGCAUAAUUAUUAGUAAGCCAAAAACAACUAUAAUAAUGAUAAUGAUAAUAGUAAUAAUAAUAAUAAUAAUGAUGAUAAUAAUAAUGUUGUAUAAACUAAAGUAGAAGCAGAAAAAAUUAGUUAUAUCGAACAUGGCACUAUUUGGUAGUAUUUAGGCUUAUCACGCAUUAUACUUGAGGAUUCGAACAAAAUUUAGUCCGAAUGUUUUAGCGUAACUGUAUUAUCAUGAUACAUGUGCCUUAUCCUCCCCUCAAAAAAAAAAAAAGAAAAAAGAAAGAAAAACUAUACUCGGUGUCGAUUCAUCACAAGCUUGUAGACGUAUUAUUAUUCACAAUCUCUGAUCAUAGCCGAAAGACAUUUUCUUACCGCGACGUAUCCCAUUCGUAGCAUCAUCGAAAUGGUGCCAAACAAAGUGCGACGAUUGAUUAUGUACCGAUAUAAAAAGUAAUUUAUUUGUAUCAAUAUCAAACAAUAUUAAGUAAUGAAAAAUA